AUGAAAAAUUCAGAAACCAUCUCAGAUCUCGAAAUCAGUUUUCAUCCUUUACCAAUCCUCAAUAUCUCAGAUCAUCAAAUCAGAAAUCAAUUACAAAACCCAUCAAACCCAAAUCAAAUUUAUGGAGCCUUAAUAGGUACACAAAUCGGUAGAAAAUUAGAAAUCGUCAAUAGUUUUGAAAUUUUAAUUCAAGAUGAAGUAGUAGAUCAAAGUUUUAUGACUACACGUCAAGAACAAUUCAAACAAGUCUUUCCAACAUUAGAUUUAUUAGGAUGGUAUACGAUUGGCCAAAAACCUACUAUCAAUCAUUUAAAUAUUCAAAUUCAAUUAACUAGUUUCUUUGAAUUAAAUUCACCUUUAUUAGUACUUUAUUCUAAUUCUUCUACUCCUACUACUAAUAAUCAUAAAGAAAUUGAAGAUUCUAAUAAAGACAUUCCGAUUGAAAUCUUUGAAUUUCUGAAUUUAGAUUCUAAUCAUCAACAACCUUCUUCGUCAGAAGAACAAUCGAAUUAUUUAAAGUGUAAUUAUACGGUUGAAACUAGUGAAGCUGAAAGAAUCGCUGUGGAUUAUAUUGCUAAACCUAAUUUAGGUAAUAGUAAAGAAAAUGCUCUGAUAGCUAAUUUAACUACUCAACGUAAUGCGAUCAAAAUGUUACAUUUAAGAUUGGAAAGUAUUUUAGAUUAUUUAAAUUUGAUUAUUGAAACUACUAAUCAAACUUCGAAUCCAAACGAUCAAGAUUUAAAUCAUCAUGAAAUCUUAAGACAAAUCUCUUCACUUCUUUCUUCUUUACCAAAAGCUAAUGAUCAUCAUGAAUUCGUUCAAGAAUAUUCAAAAGAAAAUAAUGAUGCUUUAUUAACUCACUAUCUUACUACUCAAACAAAAUCUAUCAAUCAAUCAAAUCAAUUGAUAGAUAAAUUCCUUUAUUUACUUUCACGUGAUCGUGAUAGUAGUAGAGAUGGUGGUGGUAGAGAUAAUGAAAGAGAUAUAAUGAAAAUGAAUUCAGAAUUCAAUCAAACUAAAUUCAAAAGUUCAAAUCUUUCUUCAUUUUUGAAAUAA